GGUUGGGUCUUACAGUUCUCGCUAGAGGGCGACUGUGAUCGCGUUCCAAUUGCAAGUCAGAGAAAGGAGCGAAGAAACAAAACGACGAAUUGCAAAGCCGGCAUUAGAAACAUGAAAAUGCUUAUAAAACCGAACAUUUACAACAUCGGAGAAGAGACCCCGCCGCAGAUUAUCCGGUGAAACAGCAGGACACAGCACGGUGUUGAUGGCUGAAGUCUGACACCAUGCGGCAUCACUGGCUGCUUCUUGGGGCAUGUGGUUGGGUACUCUUGAUCCUGAUGUUUGCCAGCAAGUUCAUCAACUUCUCCUUCAGAAUCCCAGAUGAUUAUGGUGGCAGGCCUGAGCCAUUGGGUUGGACAGUGAUAGCAACAGGUGACGCAGAGUCACCAUCACAAGUGCCUAAAAGAAAAAGACCAGACACAAAACUCCAGCUUGCUGGCAAUGUUGUCGCUGUGGGUGAACAGGACUGGCAGGCAGUCCACACCGAACGCCUUGAACUCAUCUCCAGCAUGUGUGGCAAUGCCUCUGUGAAGAACCUCACCCAUACUGCAGUCAACAAGUUUGUUCUGGACCGUAUCUUUGUGUGCGAUAAACACAAGAUCCUCUUCUGCCAGACACCCAAAGUAGGCAAUACGCAGUGGAAGAAAGUCCUAAUUGUUCUCAAUGGGGCUUUUUCCAGUGUUGAUGAAAUACCUGAUAAUGUUGUCCACGACCAUGAGAAAAAUGGCCUGCCACGCCUUUCCACUUUGACUGAACCAGAAAUAGCAAAAAGGUUAGAUACUUACUUCAAGUUCUUAAUUGUGAGAGAUCCUUUCGAAAGACUCAUAUCUGCUUUCAAGGACAAAUUUUUAUACAAUCCUCGUUUUGAGCCCUGGUAUAAACAUGACAUUGCACCCGCGAUCAUUCGCAAAUACAAAAAGAACCGCUUGGAAACCAAGGGGCUGCAGUUCGAGGACUUUGUGCGCUACCUGGGAGACCCAAACCACAUGCGACUCGACAGACAGUUCGGAGACCACAUAAUUCACUGGGUCACCUAUGUAGAACUUUGUGCUCCUUGUGAAAUUAAAUACAGUGUCAUUGGACACCAUGAGAGCCUUGAACGGGAUGCUCCGUUUAUUCUGAAGGCAGCAGGCAUAGACCAUUUAGUGUCCUAUCCCACAAUCCCGCCAGGCAUUACCUUGUACAAUAAGACCAAGGUGGAGCAGUACUUCUCUGGAAUUAGUAAAAGAGACAUCAGACGUCUCUAUGCACGCUUUCAAGGAGACUUUGAGCUCUUUGGCUACAAAGAGCCAGAUUUUUUACUAAACUAAACUACCUUAGAACUGUAAAUGUUUAUAUUUGUUUGUUUUUAAGAAAUUUAAUGUAUGUGCUACAUUCAAUAUGAAAAAGAAAUGUAUCUCAGACUUAUGUUCAAUAACUAGUAAUACACAACUUAGAGAGUUCAUGUAAGGAACCGGGCGUGCCCAAGUUGCUUGCUUCUACUAUAGCUUUGUAAUAUUUAACAGUUUAAUUCUUUUCUCCAGACAUGUUGCAAGUGGUACAAUGGAUUAAAGACCUUGCUCAAAGGUA